AUGGAGAAUAAAGAAAUUACAAUUCAAAGUGUACCAUUUUCAACCGUUUUAAUACCGCCUCCAUUAAGGCUGAACAUACUGUUAUUAUCGGCAAUUUGGCUCUGGUUUUCCAUAUUAAAUUUUUUAUCUAGAUAUCAAGUUGAUGUGUCAUCCAUUGUAAGAAUCAGAGACCCUCAUGACAUGCAUAUAGCACCUACUCAUUAUCAAUUACAAACCAAUGCUCGAAACUUUGCGACAAGUCUGACUAAGAUCAUACUUCCAUUACAUUUAAUCUCAUCAAUAUUAUACUAUAUUUUCUCUCAACAGACAGAAGUGUCCAAUAAUAAUGUUCCAUUUAACCUCUUAAUACACAGUUUACCUUUGGUAGGAUUGAUUAUUAUUUCCACUACAAUUAUAAGACAUGUCCCUAUUAUCAAAUAUUGUGUGAAAAGGCUGAUAUUAAUUGAAUCAAAACCAAGAAAUUUACGUACUACAUAUAUAUUACUUUCAGAUUCGUUGACUUCCAUCGCAAAACCAUUAAUUGAUUUCACUUUAUUUACUUCAUUAUUAAUUAGCGAACCAAUAACACAUUUCGAUCUCUUCAUCGCAUCAUUACCUGUAUUAAUAAGAAUUUUCCAAUGUUUAAGAGAAUAUUAUAUCGCGGGAAAUAAAUCUAUGCUAGCUAACGCUAUGAAAUAUUGUUGUAAUUUACCUAUUUUAAUUUGUACAUGGUAUUCAAGAGUUCACGAUUCAAAAAUGAUAAAGAAAAAUUACGAAUUAACAUUUCUUCUAAUAAAUUCUUCAUAUUCAUUCUUUUGGGAUGUUAGAAUGGAUUGGUUGUUAGAUAAUAUCAUCAAUGGGAAAUUAAGAAGAAGUAAAAUUGUCAUGCCUGAAUUUGUUUAUCAAGUGGCUAUAUUUAUUGAUUUUAUCAUAAGAUAUUGGUGGGUUUGGAUAAGAUUGUACGGAGGUAAUAGUGGUUAUAUUUUUAUUUUCUUCGAUGGAGAAUUACAAUACUUAGAGGUACUAAGAAGAGCAAUUUGGGUAGUUUUCAAAUUGGAAUCUGAAUAUGUAAUUAAUUUAUUUCCUAAAUAA